AUGAAACGUGAGUUGGCCGAACUGAAGGCCCGUUUAAAGGCUGAACAAGAAAGACAUGAAAAAGAAAUUGAUGCUAUUAAGAAAUUGAACAACUCAGAAAUAGAAACAGUUCACCUAAAAAUUAAGGAGAUCAUUAAAAAGAAAGAGGAAAAAUUCGCCAUAUUGCGAGAAAGCUUUCAAAAUGAACUUGAGAAGAAGGAUCGUGAAUUGGACGCAGCCAAUCAGAGAGCUCAACAUUUGGAAGAGUUGAUAGACCAUCAAAGCAAACAGUUCCUACAAGCCAAUCACUAA